AUGGCGAGCGCCUCUGUAGCCGCGCCAGAGGCGGUGAAAAGGGACGAAGACGAGGCACUCGACCAAGCGAGAACGCAACAGGAGCGGAUGGAGCAGCUCUACCAGAAAUGCGCCGAGGCUCCCGAGGGCACCGUAUUCUUCCAGCGUGACUUAGCGAAUAUGGCGAUUGCGAAUAUGCAGGAACUUGUGGUGAUCCUGCAAGAAUUGGUGGACAGGCAUCUCAUGAAGAUUAUGCAAUUCGAUGGUGAGCCUUGCUGGAAGGUCCGGACAAAGGAGGAGGCUGAAAGGUUACGAAAAUUAACUCCCGAAGAGCGCCUUCUCUACCAUCACAUCGAUCAAGUGCAAGCCGACGGUAUCUGGUCAAAGGCCCUGCGCAUGCGUACCAAUGUCACCACCCAGAUGUUGAACAAAUGUCUGAAGAGCCUUGAGUCAAAAGACCUCGUCCAAUCGGUCAUGAGCGUCAAACAUCCAAACCGCAAAAUGUACCUUCUGAAACAUCUGCGCCCUUCGGAAGAUAUCGCCGGCGGUCCAUGGCAAUCCGAAGGUGAAUUCGACAUGCCUCUUAUAAGAAUAGUAGCGGAGGUAGUGGAAAAGAUUAUAGAGAAGGAGACAUGCCUAGAGGUUCCCGGCAAUUGGAAUGAUUACCCAAGAGCGGCUACACAAGAUAGAUCGGCCGAGAUCGCGAGGAAGAAAGCACAGCAAAAAGAGGUUAUGGAUAUUGAGGACACUCCCGUACGGACGUUCCGCCCUCCAAGAGAUCCAAAUAGAAUCACCACAGUCUUGCGCGAUAGCCCUAAAUAUCCCACCGCCACCUCCCUCCGCGAUGCUAUCAACAACGCCAAUAUCAUCAAGGACAAGAGUCUGUCAGUCGCAGACAUGGAGCAACUCCUCGAGAUGAUGGUGCUGGAAGGCCGCCUCGAGAAGAUUAUGGGCAACAACUACCGCCUCGCAAGCCGCGCUCUGUCAACACAGGAGAACUUCAAUGGCUUCGUCGAUGCACCAUGCGGAAACUGCCCGGUAUUCGAAAUUUGCAGCGACGAAGGAGAGAUAUCCGCGAGGACUUGCGUUUACUUUGGAGAGUGGCUCGACACAGAGUCAGAAGCAGUAUGA